AUGAUGUUAUUCGCUCGUUUUCUACCAUCUCCGGGGCUCCACUCCGGCUCGCAAACCGAAUCAGUGGAGGAAAAGGAUGGAAAGGAUGGGAAGGAUGGACCAGCAUCAUCGAAGCAUGUUCCGUGGUAUCUGCAGGAUGAAACCUCGGUCACCGAGCCGGUUUUGUCGCGAGACCAGAUUCCAGCUCUCCCAGAGGACCCGCCAGCAAUUCUUCCCGUGCUUCUCGACUAUACGUUUAAAGACUUGGGUCUGGAUGAGUUAAAGCUGUUUGACCUACGGGGCCUUGAAACUCCGCCAGCUCUCGGGGCUAAUGUCAUCAUGAUCAUCGGCACUGCUCGCAGUGUUAAGCACCUAAACGUCUCGGCAGAUCGUCUCUGCCGCUGGCUGAGGAGUAACUAUAAGCUCACACCCUAUGCAGAUGGGUUGCUGGGUCGGAACGAGCUAAAGAUCAAGCUUCGCCGCAAAGCCCGUCGGGCUAGAAUCGCUAGCCAGGCUGGAGCAAUGUUCGAUGAAAAGGAUGACGGGAUCACCACUGGAUGGAUCUGUGUAAAUGCGGGUGUCGUUGAGGAGAGUCCCAUCGAGGAGCAAGUAGAAGAUCGAGGAUUUGAAGGGUUCGGUCGGGCUGCUGCAGGUACGCGGGUUGUGGUGCAGAUGUUCACAGAGGAAAAGCGAGCGGAUGUCAAUCUGGACGGUCUUUGGGAGGCUACCCUGAAACGAGCCGAGCGAGAGAAACAGAAAUAUUCCGAGGUCACUUCCGACGCGCCCCCGAAAGAGGUUCGUUUUCCUGCGACGGUAAAUUCAUCAUCUUCUGACCGUGAUAUUCGACAAAUUCCCAGGUCCUCAGUAAGCAUCCCGUUGGAGCAGAGGAGGGGUCUACACAAUGUCAACCUCAGGUCUCCUGAAUCGAUUCACGAUACUACCCAACAUUCCCUCGGAUCCGGAAUAUCUAUGGAUUCCUUGUUCCAGUAUAUCUCCGGACUUUCAGAUGAAAAGGCUCUUAGUGAAUUGGGAAGUGGUCCUGCAGAUCGGGAAUCGACUCUUUUCCUGCGACUUUUUUAUGAUCGGCCACCGGAGUUUUCUGCAGAAGAAGAGGCCGAAGCCCAGAUUCGACUGAUGUGCCUGGCAAUUUCUCGACAGCAUCAGGCAUACAGUAAAGAGAACCUAUGGAAGACUUUCAUGGACUACCAUUGCUCUAGUUAUCAUUUCUCCGAUGAAAUGGGGUUUGAAGUUGUUUCAGCUAUGUUGGCGGAACGACCUAUAAACUUGGAGGGUGAGACGCCUUCAAAUUGCUUGCCCGACGAGGAUAUAGAGCUUGCUCUGCGCGUUUUGGAACAUCUCAGCAUGCGGGGUACCGAUGUUUUGAACAUGAAAGUAUUCAACUUGUUGUAUGAUGUUGCUGGCAGGAUGAAAGGCCUGGCCCUUCGUCGGGUCUCACAGGUGAUUGAGGCUCUCAAUGUUCCAUUUGACCCCGAGCAAGCCCGCAUUCUCAUGGUCUCUUUAUUCCGAAAUAAAGACUAUGAUGGAUUCUGGAAGCUAUGGCGCAAGCUCCCUCUCAGUGGUAGCCCUCGGACUGCUGCGGACUACGAACAGCUUUUCCAACUCCAUGCUGAUCUGGGCCAUGAGCAGCGUGCCAGAGACUGCAUCUUGACGUGGGUGCCUAUGAUGAGCCGAGAGGAGCCUCCAAUCCCUCUCCAAGGACUGCUUGUACAGCACAUCAUGUAUUGUCUCCUUCUCGCCGAUCCGGAAAUUCAACAAAGAGCUGCUAAAGGUAACAUGAACAAUCUGACUCGGCUGUGGGAUCAAUAUAGCACUAUAACCAUGGAGUAUUUGCCCAGUCUUCAGCAGGAGUUUGACGAGCUGAAGCCGUCGCUAUUCGAACUGCUCGCAGAACAGCAGCUAUCAGAUCUGCUGCCUCCAUCGAUUCGCUAUCUUCUCGCAGUCGCUACACACCGCCAUCCCCGUUAUCUUCUCCGUGUGUUGAACUCGUACGACGAAAUAUACGCCCUCGUUUCCUUCGUCGUUGAGCGCUACUACCUCCGCACCUUUGGCGGUUCCUUUACAGAGAACUUCUACUCCCUUAAACGCGAACGUGUCCUCCGUACUAAGAAUGGCGAGAUUCCACGUGCCCAGCUGGGAGCCCCGGGUCCCGUUCGCGACGCCCUCAAGUUGCGCACAUCGGACGUCUGGAAGAACCUCUUGGUCAUGGUGGGGAUCCCUUAUCUGAAGCGCAAGCUGGACGAAGGCUAUGACAUCCAUGCCGCACCGCAGGCGUCGUUGAUCUCGAGCGGCGGGCCGCGAUAUAACCCCAGUGACGACCUGCCUCCCAACCCAACUAUCCGACAGCGUUUAGAAUACUACUAUAAAUGGUUCCUGCGGAAUGUCUAUCCGUCAGUCAAUGCGGCGUACUACUUUUCUGUUCUGGCCUUCAACCUGGCCUACCUCUUUGAUAAUACCAAAUAUUCUUCGCCUUUCCUUUGGCUGAUCGGGACUCGCAUUCGCCGUCUGGGAUCUGCAGACCAUCGCGCUAUCGCUGCUGCUCUGGAACCCAAGCCGAGCAGUGGUGGUGCUCGUUCCCGACCCGGAUCUGGCCUGUUGGGCAUGUUGAGCCCGCAGAAUCUCUACCCACAACUUCUCACGUCUCUACGCUACUUCCUCCCAGCAUCCAUCUUUGCCCUCAAAUUCCUCGAGUGGUGGCACGCGAGCGACUUUUCACGGCAGUUGGCCCGCAAAGCGACCGAGGUUCUGGAUCUCCCCGCUCCCGUGGUGGAUGGGAUGUCGGAGAGAAAGAAGCAGCAGGCAGAACAAUCGAAGAAAGAAAAGGACUCUUCCACCAAAGACCUCAAACCCGCCCUGAAACCCCGCCGUCGCAUCCAACCCCCUAUCUCAGCCGCUUCAUACCUGCCCAUUCUCACCGUUUCCCUUCCGCCAGUGGACGUGGACACCGCCAGCGCAUGUCCGAUCUGCCACAACCCACUUGCGAAUCCCACCGCGUGCCAGACCGGAUAUGUGUUUUGCUACGUGUGUAUCUUCCACUGGCUUAACGGCGAACACCAGCGACAGCUGGACUUCAUGAAUGGCGAGAGCGCUGGCGCGGAAUGGGAUGAAGAGCACGCAGAGGGGGAGGGAGAGACAGUCACUGCUGGACAGAGUCGAGAAGGGAAGUGGGAGAGUGGGAAAGGAAGAUGCCCAGUGACCGGGCGAAGAGUGCUAGGCGGGACGGAGGGUUUGCGACGAGUUUUGGUCUGA